AUGCAACCAGUUCUCAGAGUCAUGCCCACUGGUCAAAAGAUCGUCCCUCUUCUCUUAACAGUUGGCAGCGCCACUGUAGUGGGCGGAUGCGUCCGAACACAAUUGAAGACACAAUCACGGACAUUCGACAGAAAAUUCAGUCAAUACAACAACGCACAAAGUGAGCAGACUAUGAAAACUGUUAUUCAAGAACUUUGGUUAGAGGCUUAG